AUGCGAGAGCAUUACAUUUCUGCUGAAGAAAAUACCAAUUUUUUCACCAGUGAAGGGUGUUAUAAAAAAUUCUUAAGUCUUAUGAAAGCUUUUUAUAUGACAGAUAAAUAUAAAAAAGGUACUGGAAACAAGGAGCUUAGUUGGGAAGGAAUUUAUAAGGAAUUCUCUACCAAAUUCUGGCUAAAGCCAGAAUUACCAUUUGAUCAAGCAAGCAUUCAGAGAACAAGCAGGGUGAGAUCAUUAUCACACUCAACAACCUCUAGAUCUGAGAAAUCAUCAGUUAUUCGAAGACUCACCUCCAGUGUCAAGACCGAGCACACAACACUUCAAAGUAAAAUAUUUAUUAUAUUUUGUAAAGUAAUACGUGAGAAAGGGUCGGCCGGCUAAGUAAAAAAAUGCGUUUAUUUGUGGAAAUGAUAAGCACACAUGUCUAGAUA